AUGCACCACGGCAGAACAGAGUGGCGGGACGUUAUCGGAGGGGCUUUCGUCACACUGUGUGCCGAUAGCAACGCAUUCACGCAUCUAGAACCUCCCGUUGAGCAGUCGCCUAAGCCGCCACGAGGGCGCUGUCAGACACCAGGCCACCUUCAACUCGUUGUAUUGCGCCCUGAUUCUUCUUUCAACAACCGCGACUUUACCGACUUCCAUGGUUUGCCUCUCGUCGCCAUCCAUCCCGCUGCCGCCGCCGCCGUCGUUGCCAUCCUCUAUCCAUCUCCACCAACCAUCAAAAGAACCACGACGAAGCUGAAGCAAGCUGAAGCAUCACGAUCGACGCCAUCGAACUCUUAUCGAAAAAAUACUCGUCUUUUCUCCGUGUCCGGCAGCCGGCGCUCGGCGAGCGGCGAGCCCCCUCUACACACCUUGGCUGUUCGCGCAGUCGCGCCACAAAUUCCCAGCCAACAGACUGUCAUCGUGCAGAGGCCUGCUUCCACUAACCUUGCGCCUAGAACUUUCCUUAUCGGAGCAGGCAUUUCGCUCGCUUGUUGGCACAUUUACUGGUCCACCGUUUUAAAUCCAUUCUUUCGACAUGUAGAUCGCGAAUACGAGAAGCUGUCACCGGCGGAGAAGAAGGCGCUUGACGAAGAAAUAGCUCAGGAGGAUGCCGAGCCGUGGUUCAUUCCGUUCCCCUUUACGACGAAAUCUGUCAACCAGCCACCGUACAAGGGCAGCGACCCCGAGUGGCUAGAGUUCGUCAAACUCAGCAAACAAAAGGGGACGCAGACCCAAAUUCGCGCCGACCUUGCCAACUGGGUGAAGUCCUCGGUCGAGAGGCACCCGGUAAUCACAGCUAGAUGUGGCAACUCAGUAAGGCUUCGUAGAUAUUGGCUGGACAUCGACUUUCCAUACCGACCACCACCGGUGUUCUACUCUUCUGGAUUACUGCUGCAAGGCGAUGGAUUGUACUGGUCAACUCAGCCCGUUGACUCGUUGACCGUUAAACGCCUACAAAAGAUACUUUGGCCGGAUGCAAUUGCCGUGUCUUCGUGGGCUUUUACGAGUGCGCUAUUGAAACAACACUACAUGGAUAUUUCCCGAGCCCUUGGUUUCGAGUCAAGCAAGCCUGUUCAAACGUUUCCAUCAGUCAACGGUGGCAACAUGCAACAAAAGACUCAGGGGCCUCUUCCGUCUGCCAACAGACAGACUCCUGAUGGCACGCCGGCAGAGAACGCCUCUCACAAUGUCAGCAAGACAACGGAUUCAUCACAGGCAGACGAGCCAGAGAGCGGCGGCAAGACAAACUUUGUCAGGGACACCGCCAUAUCCCAUAUAGAGGGGAUGAAGCAAAUAACAGACGGCCCUGCAAGAGAAUUCCGAAGGAAGCUUGCGCAGUCCUGGAAGCCCACACGACCAUCUCCUCCGCGCGGCUGCAUCCUCGUUUCAGGCUUCGUUGAAUGCGAACUACCCAAGGGCUUCGUAUUGAUCGACGUCUGGGGAUUCUGGAAUCCCAAGACGGAGACGUUUGAGACGAAAUCAACCUUUAUGAAUCACCACCCCCUCAUCGAUCGGGGGUCUAGCGGAACACUCUUCUGGUUUGUGAACGAGCAUUCAACAGGUUACAGCAAGAGAGUGAGCGUUUGUUCGAUACCAAGAUACCAUAGACGAGCACAGAAACGGGCCUGGGGCAAGACAGUAGAGAGGAGCAACGAGUUCCCCUGUGUCUCCUACAAUGCCCUCUUUCUCUUCUGCAAAUCAUUUUCACUUGAAAUCCUGCUGGGUGUGACUUGGUCUCCUGCAAACCUCCUGAGAGACGAGUUGCCGGGUUCGAGAGAAAAGGAUCAAGUUGGCGUGAGAAGUCUUGUUAUUCGCCGAAGCUUUUGCAUUCUAUUGCAAGAGUACGGAUUAAGCACAACACGAUUGAGAGCCACUGAACAGAGUGCCGGAACCCAAAUAGGCGCAGCAGGCAAGCAGGAAUGGGAGUCCGCGCCUGAAGUUUCUUUCUCCUAA